GGGGCGGGGGAUGCGCAGCGAGCACACGGAGCGCACGGAGAGAGCCGGGCCCGGAGCGCAGCGCUGGGGGCAGGGAUGCGGGCGCCGUGAGCCGGGCAGAGCGCGCCCAUGACGGACCUGGCAUCGCCCGCGGGCGAGAACACCUUCGCCUUUCCCGGCGGCGGCGAGGAGGGCUUUGGGGAUGAGAAGGCGUUGGUGAUCCACAGCCAGGCGGAGGAGGAGGCGGCGGGGAAGGAGUUCAAGUGCAUCCUGUGCGGGGAGUGCUUCGGCCAGCAGCCCAGCCUCGCCCGGCACCAGAAGCACCACGCCGGGGAGCGCGCCUUCAUCUGCGCCGAGUGCGGCAAGGCCUUCAGCCUCAAGCACAACCUCAUCAUCCACCAGCGCAUCCACACCGGGGAGCGGCCCUACCAGUGCGACGUGUGCCAGAAGAGCUUCAGCCUGAAGCAGAACCUGCUGACCCACCAGCGCAUCCACAGCGGCGAGAAGCCCUUCUCCUGCGGGAGCUGCGGGAAGCGCUUCCGUGAGCAGCGCUUCCUCCUCAACCACCAACGCACCCACGCCGAGGACCAACCGGGGGCCACCAGCGCCGCCGCCUGCAGCCGCUCGCCGGGCUCGGAGCCGCAUGAGGAAGCCGGUGGUCCCACGGCUGCAGGUGGCCCCUUCUCCUGCACCCGCUGCGGGAAGGGCUUCAGCUGCCGGAGCAGCCUGGCCGCACAUCAGCGCACCCACAGCGGCGAGCGGCCCUUCGCCUGCGCCGAGUGUGGGAAGAGCUUCAGCCAGAAGGGCUCCCUGAAGCUCCACCAGCGCACCCACAGGGCCGAGAACGCCCUCACCACCGAACGUCCCUUCGGCUGCGGUGAGUGUGGGAAGAGCUUCCAGCACCGAGGGAACCUCAUCACCCACCUGCGUGUGCACACCGGGGAGAGGCCGUUCGCGUGCGGGGUCUGCGGGAAGAGCUUCAGCCAGAAGGGCGACCUGAUGCGGCACCAACGCACCCACACGGGCGAGAAGCCCUUCGAGUGCACCGUCUGCGGGAAGAGCUUCUGCUCCAAGCAGACCUUCGUGCUGCACCAACGCAUCCACACCGGGGAGAAGCCCUUCUCCUGCGGCGACUGCGGGAAGAGCUUCAACCGCAAGGCCAACUUCGUCACGCACCAGAAGAUCCACCGCGGCGAGCGGCCCUUCGUCUGCGCCGAGUGCGGGAAGGGCUUCUGUGCCAAGAAAACCUUCAUCCUGCACCAGAAGAUCCACGUGGGCGAGCGGCCCUUCGGCUGCUCCCAGUGCGGGAAGAGCUUCAGCCGCAACGGCGACCUGACGCGGCACCACCGCAUCCACACCGGCGAGCGGCCCUUCGCCUGCGCCGACUGCGGGAAGAGCUUCAGCCACAACGGCGAGCUGAUCAAACACCGGCGCAUCCACACCGGCGAGAAGCCCUUCGCCUGCACCGAGUGUGGGAAGAGCUUCAACCGCAAGGGCACGCUCAUCACCCACCAGCGCAUCCACACGGGGGAGCGGCCCUUCGUCUGCGCCGAGUGCGGGAAGAGCUUCAACCUGAAGACGACGCUGAUGAAGCACACGCGCAUCCACACGGGGGAGCGGCCCUUCGCCUGCGCCGAGUGUGGGAAGAGCUUCAAGUACAAAGGCAACCUGCGGACGCACCGCCUGACGCACACGGUGCAGCGCGUCUACCCGUGCACCGAGUGCGGCCAGGUCUUCGGGCACAGGAAGGAGCUGAGCGCGCACCAGGGCGCGCACGCCGGGGAGAGGGUCCUGUCCUGCUGCCGCCCCUGCCUCCCCGCGCCCCCGCUGCUCGUGCCCCGCACGCAGACGCAGCUGCCGCUCUCCAACUCCAAUCUCUGGGAAGAUUAUGGAGCAGAUUGUCUUGAGGGAGAUCACGCAGCACGUGUGGGACAACCGGGGGAUCAGGCCUAGCCAGCAUGGGCUCAC